AAGGAGGAUCUGCUGACAAUCUGACAGAAGCUGUUUGUUGCAGUUUCAGCAAGGCAGUGUCACACAGGACAGGAUCCUUUCAAGAUGUCAAGCUCUCUGGUCGUGUGCGAGGUGGAAGAAAGUCUGAGAGAAAAACUGAAAAAGUUCAGAUUUCGAAAAGAAACCAACAAUGCAGCCAUACUCAUUAAAAUAGAUAUGGCGAAACAGCUUGUUAUCCUCGAGGAGGAGUAUGAGGAUAUCUCACUGGACGACCUGAGAAAUGAGCUUCCCGAGCGCCAACCCAGAUACAUUGUCUACAGCUACAAAUACACCCAUGUGGAUGGGAGAGUGUCUUAUCCCCUCUGUUUCAUUUUCUCAAGCCCAAUGGGGUGUAAGCCAGAGCAGCAGAUGAUGUAUGCAGGCAGCAAGAAUCGACUGGUCCAAAUCGCAGAACUCACAAAGAUCUUUGAAACCAGGAAUGCCGACGACCUGACGGAAGAAUGGCUCAAGAACCAGCUGGCAUUUUUUCGCUGAAACUGCUCCUUCUGCAACUUUCAAACCAGAUUUUCAUUCCCUAAGCAAGAUCCUGAAUUUGACUUCCUGUUUUGUUUGUUGUGACAGUAAAACAUUCACUUACAGCAACAGAGAUUUGGUUUCUAAGUCAUUUUAAAUGCUUUGCUUGUUUUUCCUUAAUAUUGUAACAUAGGAUUAACCUUAAAAUUUAAGCAGGUCAUAGAUACAUUUUUCCACUGAAGUUGAUGUUUUUCAAUUCUGUAAGUGUAAGCUAAACAUCAAACAGCUGUUCUUCGUACGUUUUAGCCCUGAUUUCAAGCCAAACCAUGUUAAAUAUAUUCAUACGUUUAUAUGAAUAUAGAAAUGUAUGUUAAAUAUAUAUCUCAAAUAUAUAUUUAACACCAAUUCUUAUGUAAUUGGUGUUACGUAAGAAUGUUUAGUAAUGACUCGAUCAGAACUGCAACACAUAAAACGAAUGAAAGUAAUUUGAAGUAUUCCUCUAAAAUAAAAUUUUAAAAAGUUAAAGGAAGAAGCAAAGAAAGAACAAAUAAAAUUUAAGCUUUUCCUUUAAAAAGGUAAAAAGGUUUGGUAACUCUAUAUUAUUUGAUUGAUUUCAUUUUGUAAAGUGCUAUGCAAUGACAUUUGUUGAGAAUUGGAACUACAUAAAUAAAGUGAGCUGGUUCUGAUCUAUUCUGCAUCCCGAGAACCAGAACCAAACACAGCGAAGCAGCAUUCUGCUUCUAUGAACCUCAAAUCUGGAACAAGCUUUUAGAAAACUGCAAAACAGCUGAAACACUGAGUUUGAACUAUAAUGAACAAAUCAUUGACCAACAUGGUGUGUAUUAAUGAUUUUGAUGAUGGCACUUAACAAAAUGUAACGUCUGUUAUUGGUUUUCAAAACUGCUGACUAUGUGAUGUAAGAUUUUUUUUAUGUUUUCGUGUUGCUGGAAUGUGCUUUACAAAAUAAACUUGUUUGACUCAAA